AUGUCUUCGUCAAACAAUCUUGAAUCAGCUCAUGAACUAGAACAUAAUACAUCUAAUGAAUCUAAUAAUAUAACUGUAGAUAAUAUUCAACGUUAUAUUAAAAAAUCUAAAAUCCAAAAUACUGAUGCCUAUACACAAAAAUGGGUUCGAAGUUUACAAGAAUAUCAUAUGAAACGUCAAGAUGGAAAAUCAUAUAAACCAGAAUCAAUUGUAUCUGCUUAUACCUCACUUCGUCGUUACUUGUUUGAAGGUUCUGCAAUUAAGAAUGUAAAUAUCAAUGAUAGAUUUCAAUUUCCUGUAUUAUAUCGUGUUGUAGAUGGAAAAAUUAUAGAAUUACAAGAUCAAGAAUUAGGGAAUAUUGACCAAUCAAAAGGUCUAACUACAGAAGAAAUUCGUCAGAUCAUGUCAUAUCUUAAAUCUGGUAAUAUGAUGAAAGAAAUUGCACGUGCUUCUGGUAUUAAUGUUGAUGAUCAAAGAAUUACUAAUCAUUUAGGAAGAAUAACCGCUAUUCAACUUUUAUCAGAUCUUAAUGUCAAUGAGCAUAAAAUGAUGCAAUUUUCAGAAUCUCCAAUUAUACAACAAGAAUCUCAAAUUAUACAUCAAGAAUCUCAAGUUAUGCAACAUGAAUCUCAAGUUAUGCAACAAGAAUCUCCA